UUUAAAACCAUGGUACAUAUUAAUUGAAAAUGUAUAAGAACAACUCACUUAAAUCAGUCUGAGUUAUAUGACCCUGUAACUCACCAAAUCCCAGUAUCUCGCUCUUUACUUUUAAUAGAAAAUUAAUAAUUUAGAUGACAUCGAAAUCAGAUUUUUUGAAAUGAAAAAUGGCAAAAUUAUUUGGGAAUGUGUAGCUGAUUUUAAUCCUUCAGAUGUUCAUAAACAUACAGCUAUAUGUUUUAAAACGCCUACCUAUUAUUUAAGAAAUAUUGAAAAUCCAGUUCAUGUAAAAAUACAAUUACGAAGAAUUUCAGAUGGCAAGUAUGGUGAAUGUUAUCCUUUUAUACUAACCCCGGAUUUUUCAGAUUUUAAAAACAGAAAAAGAAUUAGACUUUCCAGAGAUAGUUUUAAUCAAUGUUCACGUAAUCCUGCGUACGUGUCACAGCAAUCAAUACCAAAUUGCACUAAAGUGUUAACGAAUGUUCCAUAUAAUAUUUUUGAAUCAGCAGUAGAAAAUAUAGCAACUAUCCCAGAAAAUAACCGCAGUUCUAGUGGCUUUUUUUGUCCACCAUUAAACCCCAAUGUUUAUGAUCAAUUUUCCUCUGAGAAUAAAUGGACAACACCUACACAAUCGACAUAUCAAUUAACAAAUACAAAUUCUAACAUGUUUUGUGAACAGACGAAAGUAAAAGAUCAAACACCAACAGAUGUGAACAUGGAUCAGCAACUAAAUUAUCCAGAAAUAUUGACGACAAACCAAUACAAUACUUUUGAAUCCGAAUCGAUCAAAGAAAUUCUUGAAUUGCCACCAAAUACCAGUGUUUAUAUUAAACCUUCGUCUACGUUUUCAUGGACAGAUUCACAAAUAGAAAAUAAAUUACUAAAUGAAAAUUCUAACACUAUGUAUGGACAAGCAGACUUAUAUUUUCAACCAAAUAUUGGUAAUUCAACAUACAGUGCAAAUAACUCUACAGUAAGUCCAACACUUCAAAGUCCAGAACAAUCCUCUCAAAUGAACGAUAUCUUUGAUUUAUUAUCAAAAUAUCCAACAGAAAUUGAUCAUUCAUCUAACAAUACGGAUAUUUCAAUAUCAGGUCUAAGCAAUAUCGAUGAUCUCUUAGAUGAUAUUGAAAAUUUGUCUGCUAAUCUAUCAUCUGGUUUAUCCAUUUAAAUGCAUGUUACUAUGGCAGAUAUAUAUAUAUGUUAUUUAUGACAUUAAUUCUCUAAAAUGUACAUACCUAUACUAUUAAGUAGGUACAUAUGAACAAUAUAAUAUCUAGUUUAUUAUUAUGUUUUAUAAAAUAAGAGAUUAU